UUGACUCUUGUCCUCCACUAAAGGACUCAACAACCAUGAAGGUCUUCAUCCUCGCCUGCCUUGUGGCACUUGCUUUCGCAAGUGAGGAAACACUCAGCGUUUCCUCUGAGGAAUCUACUGAAACUAUCAAUGAGAAAGUUCAGAUGGUAGAGCAAAUGGAACAGCUGCAAGCAAAGGAAGUGCUCCAGGACAAAGUUCAUCCCUUCAUUCAGCCACAACCUCAGGCCUUUCCUUAUGACCAGCCCAUCUCCUGCACUCCCUUUGCACAAAACACCCAGCCUGUUGCUCAACCACUACCUAUUGCUCAACCCCCUGUAGUGCCUUCUCUUGGGCCUGUCCUUUCUCCUGAACUGGAAGCUUUCCUUAAAGCUAAAGCUACCAUCCUUCCCAAGCACAAAGCCGCAUCUGCUCUUAACUCUGAAACUCUGCUCCACCUGAUUAACCCUCAAGUCCUCAGUCUUGCUAAUCUUGCAAACCAGCACAUUCCUCAGGCUCAGGUCCAGGCUCUGGCACAGACCCUGCAGGCUUUUCUUCAGACUCCUGUGGUUUCUUCUCAGACCCAGCUGACUAUUCCUCAGUCCAAAGUUCUGUACCUCCUCCAGCAAGUAGCUCCCUUCCUUCAAACAGAUAUGCCUGCCCAAGCCCUUCUUCAGUACCUAGAUGUUCUGUUUAGACCCGCCGUCCAGUUUCUUGCCAAUCAGUCACCUCAACCCAUCACUGUCUAAGAGGAUUUCCAAGAUAAUAUCUCCUCCUCAUUUUUGAAUUGACUGAGACUGGAAAUGAAACAACUUUUUCAUCUUCAGAUCAUGCUACAAAAAAUGUUACACUUUUGAAUGAAUCUACAUGGAAAAAAUUUAUUCUUUUAUUUAUUCUAUGUAUAAUACGGCAUUCAUUUCAUCUGAAUUUGACUUGUGGAUUCUUUAUGCUUUUGAAUUGUACUUCAUAUAAUAUCAUAAAAGUUACAUACUAAGGUAAAAAUGCAUGUCAAUAAUGUAUACAAAAUAGUUUGUGAAAUUGAGAACCCAUUUCCUUUCCAGUCAUUUCAAUAAACAAUCCUUUAGGCAUA